UGAGAUUCCUGGAUCAGCAACAACAGAAAUCUGAUAGGAUGAGGUCAAGGGUGGUCGUGACCUCUACAGCUGUAAACACCAACAUCACGUGAACAGAAUAAUGCAGGUAUUUCUCACCCUGUUGAGAGGCAGAGAUAGAGGGCGAGGUCCCGUCAGAGCCUGGGAACCUGAGGGAUCCUGGAGAGAGACAGAGAGAGAGGACAGGGGGGGAACCAUCGGCGUGGUAAUGCUGUGAGGAGAGCUGCUCAGGGAAAGCUAAAUCAGGUUGUUUUUGUCCUCGUCUUGUGUCCUGAAAGCGUCCUGUGCAGGAUCUGAUCUGGUCUGAGGGGACUCACUCUGCAGCAGCAUGGGAGCCUCCAGUGAUAAGGUAAACUGGGACGUCCUGGGACUGGUGAGGGGCCCUGCAGGUCUGUUGAUGGGACAGGUGUGAGGCUGUAUUGAAUCAGAUCAACUGAGAUAAAAACAAAUGAAGUAUUUUUUUGUGCUGCGUUCAGGUGAUGAGAAAAUCGUGUAAAUACAGCAGCUGUGGGUUUGCGUGGAGCACUGACAGCAUGGGCUGGUUUCAGUUUCUGGACGGUCGAUAUCAGUGUAGCACCUGUUGAAAUUCAGCCGUGUUAAAAGGAGCUAACAGCACAUGAACAUUUAUCAGGAACUGAAGGUAAAAACAAUCAAAGCGAGGUUUUUAUUUCACCAUCUUCAAUCUGAAUUGGUUGAUUUUUCCUUUGCUUAAAAACCAUUGGUAUCCAAAAUGAGGUCUUCACUUCCACAUUAAAAUGAUUGUAUUUCUGUCUUUGUUAGAUUUAGUUGGUGUCUUCAGCUGCAGGAUCAGAGUUAUAAUAGCUCAUUAAUAUGCUUUAUACUUCCCAGCAACUCGUGCCUGUUUCAUAAGAGCCUGUUUUUACAUUUUAAAACUGUUAUAUUUAUUUAUGAAAUGCUUCUACAGAGUAUUUAAUAGAUAUCCCCGAAUAACAGAGGAACUUAAAACUGACUCAUCUUGACAUUUUCCCUUCAGUUGUGCUGAGACACUAAAUGUUAAAUAACAAAAGAACAAGUAAUCCAGUCUCUUUGUUUGGAGGUCGUGCUGAGAGCUGAACAUUUCUGUGCUGAAUUUCCCUCGUGGUUGAUGAGAAAGCAGAAAUGUAUUUAUGUUGCUCUUCAGUGCACAAAACAGAUUUUAUUUAGCCGUUGGUAUUUAUCGUAACAAAGCCUGAUUGUAUGGGAAUUUUUUUUAUUGAUAUUUUUAUGAACAAAGUUAAAGAUUUGUUUUCCCAGAACUCCCCUGAAGCAUUUUAUGUUUAGUUCAGUAAAAAUGAUCCUGAUGAAAAUAAUUGAGUCUGACAGAAUGGGUUCCAUUUUCAUCACACAUCACCAAUUUUAAAAACUUUAUAGCAAUGUCACACGAUUCAAAACUAAACUGUUUUCCAUAAUAAACCACAAAUAUCCAACAUCCAAGAUGUUAACUGCUGUUAAAAACAAAUGAAGUGAAACAAACAAGGGAAGCGUCUCCCCUCUCUGCCCCGGAGAUCCUGCAGGUCAGGAUCAAUGCUCCAUUCUCACCUGGGCCUGUUACAGCCCCAUCAUUCGGAUUUCUGCCCAGUUCAACCUGUAGUGGGCGUUUAUUUACAAAGCAGCGAGAACAUCCAGCAGAGUACGAGCAACACUCAAAGAGCAAUGAAGUUUUUUAUGUUAGUUAUUUUGAUCUCUUUAAUCUGGGGUCUGAUUUAUUGAUUGUAAUAAGAAAUACACCUUAAAUAUCUUAUUUGAACAAGGAAAAAAAGAGUCAAGAAUCAGAAGAGAUUAAUUUAACACGGGGGCAGUCGAUUUGAACUUUUUAGUUUAAAUAUUGAAGCUUUCAGAUUGUUCCUUAACCCACUGUUUCAGAAAUCACACAAAGACGUUCUGGUCAGUUUUGUCCCUUCAGCCCAAAGUUUAUUGACCUUUAUUUAUUGUGUUCAGGCUGAAGCUUCAGGAAUGUGAGAUGAGUCUGAGAAGAGCCCUGUGGUUUUCCUCCUGACAAAGAGACGUCUCAGGUCCUUUAAUUCUCACCCAAACACCAGCAGAGUUUCAUCCGAGCAACUCAAACCCUCAGCAGCCGCAGGGCGGCCAAAGGGAACCGGAGGCUCAGAUUCUCCUUGAUGCCACAGGCUCUGCUCUGAGCUCAGGAGCUGCACUCCUGAUGCCACAGUCUGAUAAUAAUCCAUAUGAUAACGACACUUUGUGUAAUUUAUCUCUGUAGGUGUAGGGACCUGUGCUUGUGGAUCUCCCGGGUAAAAAUCAAAGACGGUCACUUGUUCUGGUCUGAUUCAUCAUGUCUGCACUGAACCUUUCUGACAUCAGCACUUUCGAUGUUUUUUAUGUUUUUUUUCAGAAGAGAGAAAUAAUUUUUUUGGUGCAUCACACAGUGGGGGGAUUAAGUAGAGUCACAUUUAUGUAGUAUUUUGUUGUGAUGAUGAUAAUGUUAACUAUAAAUUCAAAAUGCUUGUCAUUUGUGAAACUGCAAUGGUGCAGCAAGGGAUUGUGGGACGGCAUCAUCUUCUUUCCAUUUAUAAAGGCAGUUCCAGAGAUAGAAGCAGUUAGAGAACUGGACCAGCUCUGAUCAUGGCUGCCGCUCAGACACCUCCGCGUCAUUUCUCUCAGUUUAAUAACAACAUGUCUCCAGCAGUAAAGGCGUCUCUCCUCUCGGAGCUGCUGGUGUUCAUGCUGUGUGUCGUCAUCUCUCUCUGCCAGGAGGAAUACUCUGGAUACCACUCAGGUGAGGAACGCACCUAUGAAGGCUCUGUAGUCGACCACUAUGACAACUCAGCCUCUUCUCAUCCAGAGUAUCUACCUGAGCCGACUCACAGCUACAACGAGGACCAGCGGCCUGAGGAGGGGUACUACGGCCCCUACGGUGCCGGCCCCACCCAGGUCACCAUGAUCACUGAGGAGUCCUUCCCCUACGCCACCACCACCGAGUCCCACUACGCCAAGGAGGACACGGAGAUCAUGGAGGUCCCGUAUGAAUACCCUCCAGCCGGACCGGACAGCGGCUCCUCUGAGGAGUCGGGGGGUGAUGCAGCUCUGGGGGAGGAGGGGCCGACAGAGUGCGACUGUGAACCCGGAGAACCCGGAUUCGCAGGCUUUGCGGGACCAAAGGGAUCCAGAGGCCCGCAGGGUAAAACCGGUGAACCGGGAGCUCAAGGCAGAGAGGGAUAUAAAGGAACCAAAGGGGUUCGGGGAAGAGGAGGAGACACCGGGCCAGUGGGUGAUGUAGGACCUGAAGGAGACGACGGAGCUUCUGGUUUCUCUGGAGCCAUGGGAGAACCUGGACUUCCAGGAGAUCCAGGCGAGUCGGGAGACCUGGGUCUGAAGGGCGACUUCGGUAUGGAGGGACCCCGCGGAGGAGUCGGGGUUCCUGGUGAGACUGGCCCUGGUGGUGAUGUAGGGCCUGCAGGCAAAAAGGGAGGUAAAGGUAUCAAGGGGUCUCAUGGUGAUGACGGCAAAGAGGGCACCCAGGGACGGGAUGGACAGAAGGGUCAGAUCGGAGCACCCGGGUUUCCAGGUGACGUCGGCGAGAGAGGCUACACUGGUUAUCCUGGACAACCGGGAGGUUUGGGGCCAAGUGGAGCAAAGGGCGUGCAAGGUUUCGGCGGCGUGCCCGGCAGUGACGGUGACCCCGGAGAAGACGGUCCCUUAGGAGUCCCGGGGACGAUCGGAGAGCCGGGGGCGUUUGGUCCCAAGGGCAGCAAAGGGGAUCGCGGUGUGAGAGGUCCUCGGGGCAGAGUGGGCGCUGUGGGAGGUGGAGGAGAGCAAGGAGACGCUGGAGUACCAGGGAAGCCAGGGCCGAAGGGGCUGCAGGGUCACACAGGGGCCAAAGGUGAGACGGGGCCUGAUGGGGAGAAGGGAGCAACAGGCAAGAAGGGAAUCAAAGGAGCAAAGAGUGAAAAGGGAAGCGUGGGUGACCGUGGAGACAAAGGACAGCGUGGACCGAAAGGUGCGGUCGGCCGCGACGGUGUCCUUGGUCCCGUGGGUCCGCCCGGCAUCCCAGGAACCAGAGGAGAGCGCGGUGUGAUCGGAGACCCAGGUGUUAAGGGCCGCCCGGGACCCAAAGGAGUCCCAGGUCCCUCUGGUCCUGGUCUGACUGACGAGCAGGUCCUGCAGCUCUGCAAAGGUGUGGUGACGGCCCAGAUCUCCCAGUACGCCGCCUCCAUCCGGGCCAAGUGCUCCCAGGGCUGCCCCAUCAACAACCGCACCCUCAUCGGGCCCCCGGGGGUCCCAGGACAAUCAGGACCAGCAGGCAAACCUGGUAAAGCAGGAAAAGCCGGAGCCAAAGGAACCAGAGGAGUUCAAGGCGACAGAGGACUGGAGGGACAGGAAGGAGCGCCGGGUGACAGAGGUCAAAAGGGACCUAAAGGCAGCGCAGGUGAUCCAGGUAAAGGCCUGCCGGGACCCGACGGACCACAAGGCAUCAGAGGUUUGCCAGGUCACCCGGCAGAGCCCAAAAACGGCAUGGAGGGUCCCCGUGGUCCUCGCGGCUUCCCCGGUCCGGUGGGUACACUCGGCAUGCUCGGGAACGCGGGCGUGCCGGGAUUUUGCGAGGCGCGGGACUGCAGCAUUCACGCACCGGUGAUGCGCAAAGAGCAGGGUCUGGUGAAAGGACCCGCCAGCUCAAAAAUCUGAACCUGAACGCGAGCGACAGAGAUCACUGUGAGAUUAUAGAGGGUCUGAGAUUCACCUGGUGGCUACAUCGAAAUUCGAUAGUCCAGCUUUUAAUGAAAACAGUUUUUAAUAUGUUUAUGACAAAGGUUUUUAAAAGCUGUGACUGAUUCUGUCGUAACAUUGACUCCUGAAAAUGUCAGUGGGCUGAGUAUAAAACCCUGGGGCACUCCGCCGCUGAGAAAUGUUGAACUCAGACAAAGACUUUUCCAUCUGAGCCGGACAAAGCUUCGAGUGAACAUUCAACAUUUUAAAGGUUUUAUAUUCAUAAAUAUCUAAACUGUUGCGGUUUUUACUGGGAAAAGUUUGGUCGAAUGUGUUGUAAUUUGAUCAAAAAACAAAGAGUAAAUGAUUCCCCACUGAAUCCUUCCUUCAGUUUAAUUUUUGUUUUCUCCUGAUACCUGAAAUCACUAUAAAAAUAAACCAAAAAAAAGAAAGAUGCAAUGUAAAUAUUUUGUAAAGUAUCUCAAAUACAUGUACUGUGCUCUGAAAUAUGUUUCAGAUAAACGGAUGUUUUUUUUA